CUCAGCUCGUCAUACUAAUUACUAUGCAGAUUGUUAGCUAUAAAUAGCUAAUUAAGGCGGAUAUAUAUGAUCAGUAGAAGGUAAACAAUUAAUUAUCAAUCCAUCAUCGUUGAUAUGGGAAGCAGCCAACGGUUGGUAAUCAUGUUCACUGCUGCUGUGCUCUGCUGGAGCUUACUGGUCGUUUCUCCGACGGCCAACGGCCGCCGGCUUCCCCAGGCUCCGGCGACGUCAAUGGAUCACAAAGGAAAUAUUAUGGGCAGUACUGCCCUUCUUCCAGCUCAAGACGAUGCACCGCCACCGCCACCGCCGCCGUCAUAUUGUAUUUGGUACCCCACUACUGGACAAGGAUUUGCUCACCGUACGCCGACAAGGAUAGCAUCCAGCCGCCGACAUGACGACGACCUUAUACAAUCAAUCUAUCUUCAAUUUGUGUUUGAGAUGUCGAUGGAAUUACUAUAUCAACGUAUUAAGGUAUUACCUAUAUCAUCCUUAUAAAAAAAAAAAUAUAUAUAUAUAUAUAGGGUGACU